GGCUUUUCUUGUUAGAUAAAGGAACCCAAGUUCUACAUAUAGAUAUAUUCAUGGGUUUGGUUAUCGUCAAAGUAAAUGAGGAAUGAUGCCUCAAAACUGAUGCCCAGAACAUCCCACUACACUAGUUACCUACUGAGGAAAUAUCAGUUAAGCUCAGCCAUUCCGCGAAACAAAGCGGCCUAUCUUGCUUCAACCCCGCAAAAACGUUUGUGCGUCAGCCGCCGCGUGUUUCAGCCUCGAGGAGCGGGCUUGAGACAAACUCCGACCGCUUUGUCCCUGACACACGAGUUUCACCAACCCUAUCUUCCCCCAAGUCGUGCGCACAACAACCGGCUGUGUUUCUCAUCGACCUGGGCAGGCCGGUCCUCCGAUGUCCUGAAAUUCUGCUCCUGCUAAUGCUCCAUCAGUCAGUUCUCUGGGAGGUUUCGUUACUCUGACUGUUCCCUAGCCGCCAACUCGCCGCGAUUAUGGCUGAGGAGAACGCGGAGUUGCAGAUCGCGCUGCGGCAGCUGGACCAGGAGUUGGAGGACGGUGAGAUCACUCAAAAAGGAUACGAAAAGCGUCGCACCCUAAUUCUAUCCCACUACCUAUCCUCGAAUAACAGCAAGCGCGCAGAUAGAGGCUUGAGAAUCGGGAGUCCAACAGUUGCUGGCCAUCGGGUCUCUCAACUUGGUAUAUACUCCCCUCCAUCGUCGUCGCAAGGCAGUCGUCCUGCCAGUUCGACUCUGUCAGAUGAACGCCGCCAUUCGGACUCCCUGCCUGCCAAUUUUAUUGGUAGAGAGCAGGAACGCAUAGCCACGGACAGCAUGAGUGCAAGAGAUUCUAUUGGGAGUGCUUCCCAUUCGAUGCAAAGCGGGAACCAGUUGGCGCAAAUCCAGGAAAGAGAACUGGGUUUUUCGUUCCGAUCUGAGAGGCAGCCGUCGUCGGCGUCCUAUGAUUCUCUUUUCCUCCCUAAAGGUCCCGGCCAGCCGGGGAAUAACGACUCCUCCCGAUCAGGCACCCUACGAAGCCACAAUUACGCAUUUAACCCAACCGAUCAGCCCGACUAUGGCGAUCCGCAUGCUAGUGUGUACGGCCCGCCAGGUAGUAGCGGAGGGCCUACGCGACAGUCUACCAUGCUCGACUCACAGCAGGCGUUUUUCUCGGACUUCGCGGGCCAACAAAGUGAGGAUCACAGAGACAGCUACGGCGGCGGCUACCACCGAUACUCAAGCCAGACCCAAACCGAACCUUUUUCUCCAACCGCCAAUAUGGCGCCACCAUUCAUGAAUGCAGUCGACAUGUCGCAUGGGCCAGUCGUCGAUCACCUGUUGCCCCUCGAACCCCGAGAUGUGACCUGUGAAGUCCAUGAUCCUCACAAUCCUAAUGUUUCUAUGUCGCAGUUCGAUAAUUUACCCGCAGUCGUGCGGCAUCGUGCACGGACUCAUCCAAAACAGCCAGCUUACUGGGUACUGGAUCAGCGCGGAAAGGAAAUCGCGUCAAUUACAUGGGAAAAGCUGGGGAGUCGGGCGGAGAAAGUUGCGCAAGUCAUACGUGACAAAAGCAGCUUGUAUCGAGGAGAUCGGGUGGCGCUCAUAUACCGAGACGCUGAGGUGAUUGAGUUUGCCGUUGCGAUUCUGGGUUGUUUUAUUGCAGGGGUGGUGGCUGUCCCGAUCAACAAUCUUGAAGAUUACGCUAACCUCAACGUUAUCCUCACAUCUACCCAGGCUCAUCUCGCUUUGACUACUGAGAACAACCUUAAAAACUUCCAGAGAGAUAUCACAACCCAGAAGCUCACUUGGCCCAGAGGAGUGGAAUGGUGGAAGACUAAUGAGUUUGGAAGUUACCAUCCAAAGAAGAAAGAUGAUACUCCUGCCCUUGUUGUUCCUGACUUAGCCUAUAUCGAGUUCUCAAGAGCUCCUACUGGCGAUUUGCGCGGAGUUGUGAUGAGCCACCGAACAAUAAUGCACCAGAUGACUUGCCUUAGUGCGAUAGUGGCAUCUGCAUCUCCUGAUGGCACACGCCAGGCCAAACCGCAUGGUGAAACCUUAAUCAGUUAUCUUGAUCCCAGACAGAGCAUAGGUAUGAUCCUGGGUGUUCUUCUUACGGUGUACGGUGGGCAUACCACUGUCUGGCUAGAAGCUCGGGCUGUCGAGACACCUGGUCUCUACGCUAGUUUAAUCACCAAAUACAGGGCUACACUUAUGGCAGCCGAUUACCCAGGCUUGAAACGUGCUGCUUACAAUUACCAGCAAGAUCCAAUGGCAACUAGGAAUUUCAAGAAGGGCACUGAGCCGAAUUUCUCCAGCCUAAAGCUCUGUCUGAUCGAUGCUCUCACCGUCGACCCUGAAUUCCAUGAGAUUUUGGCCGACAGAUGGCUGCGUCCUCUUCGCAAUCCGCGUGCCAGAGAGUUAGUUGCUCCAAUGCUCUGCCUGCCCGAACAUGGUGGCAUGGUUAUAAGCGUUCGCGAUUGGCUUGGUGGUGAGGAGCGAAUGGGAUGUCCUCUUACGCACGAGAUGGACCCUGCAGGACCAGCUGAAUCAAAUGAAACAAAGAAGGAGGAGAAGACUGAAACGUCUAAGCCCGGGUUUGGAAGCAGUUUGAUUGGUGGAACUGCUGUUCCGACCCAAAAGGAGUCUAAAAGUGCUAGAGCUGAUUUGGAUGAGGUUCUACUUGACAAGGAGGCUCUUAAGAAUAACGAAGUUGUCGUGUUGGCGAUGGGGGAGGAAGCGCGGAAGCAGGCUGAAACCAUGCCUAAUACUGUUCGAGUUGGUGCUUUUGGAUACCCUCUUCCCGAUGCCACGUUGGCUAUCGUUGAUCCGGAGACUGGAUUACUUUGCACUCCGAACAUCAUUGGCGAGAUCUGGGUCGACUCACCUUCACUUUCGGGCGGCUUUUGGGCGCUACCGAAACAUACUGAGGCGAUAUUCCAUGCUCGACCCUAUCGAUUCCAGGGUGGUAGCCCUACUCCCAUGGUUGUGGAGCCCGAAUUUCUUCGCACUGGGCUUUUGGGAUGUAUUAUCGAAGGCAAAAUAUUUGUUCUCGGCCUGUACGAAGACCGAUUGCGCCAAAAGGUCGAGUGGGUUGAGCACGGAACAGAGGCUACAGAGCACCGCUAUUUCUUCGUCCAACACCUGAUUAUCAGCAUCAUGAAGAAUGUACCUAAAAUCCACGACUGCUCGGCGUUCGAUGUGUUUGUUAAUGAUGAGCAUUUACCUGUCGUCCUUUUAGAAUCUUACGCUGCUUCAACCGCACCGACCACCUCUGGAGGGCCGCCGAGACAACUAGACAUAGCCCUCUUGGAUUCGCUUGCUGAACGGUGUGCAGAGGUCCUGUACCAAGAGCAUCACCUUCGGGUAUUCUGCAUCAUGAUCACUGCCCCGAACACGCUGCCACGAGUCACGAAGAACGGACGACAGGAAAUUGGAAAUAUGUUAUGCCGCAAAGAAUUUGACAACGGUUCACUGCCGUGCGUCCAUGUGAAGUUCGGCGUCGAAAGGUCUGUUUUGAACCUUCCCAUCGGGGUUGAUCCUGUAGGCGGAAUAUGGUCGCCCACGUCGUCGGCUGCUCGACAAGGUGCCCUUGUGAUGCAGGACAAACAAUACUCAGGCGUUGACUACCGAGAUGUCGUGAUGGACGACCGGACUUCUACCCCAUUGAACAAUUUCAACAGUAUUGUUGACCUGCUGCAGUGGCGGGUUGCACAACAAGCGGAGGAACUUUCUUAUUGUUCUAUUGACGGGCGUGGUAGAGAGGGCAAGGGAAUUACAUGGAAGAAAUUCGAUACGAAGGUUGCAGGGGUUGCUAUGUAUCUGAAGAAUAAGGUUAAACUCAAGCCUGGUGACCAUGUCAUUCUCAUGUAUACGCACUCUGAGGAGUUUGUUUACGCCGUCCAUGCCUGUUUCUGUCUUGGCGUGGUUGCCCUACCAAUGGCGCCUAUCGACCAGAACCGCCUCUCAGAAGAUGCUCCAGCAUUCCUUCAUCUAGUCGCCGACUUUCACGUCCGGGCAAUUCUUGUCAAUAGCGAUGUAAACGAUUUGUUGAAGCAAAAGGCAAUUUCUCAACAUAUAAAACAGUCAGCCAAUGUCCUUCGCAUCAAUCUUCCUUCCACGUACAAUACGGGGAGGCCACCGAAGCAAUCACACGGCUGCCGCCACCUUGGAUUGACCAUGAAACAGGAGUGGCUCCAGUCUGGCAAGCCGGCGAUGGUUUGGACGUAUUGGACCCCUGAUCAAAGGAGAAUGUCCGUCCAUAUUGGACAUGAUACAAUUAUGGGAAUGUGUAAGGUGCAGAAGGAAACUUGCCAAAUGACGAGCUCUCGCCCAGUGUUAGGUAGUGUCCGUAGUACGAUAGGUCUCGGCUUCAUACACACCUGUUUGAUGGGGGUUUAUGUCGGUGCUCCGACUUACCUCUUCUCCCCCGUUGAUUAUGCCACUAAUCCAAUCUCCCUUUUCCUUGCAUUGGCAAGGUACAAGAUCAAAGACACUUAUGCAACGAGUCAAAUGUUGGAUUACGCCAUGGGCAGCAUGGCCGCGAAGGGGUUCCAGUUGCAUGAAUUGAAGAAUUUGAUGAUUGCAUCUGACGGCAGACCCAGGGCGGAUAUUUAUCAAAAAAUUCGUUUGCAUUUUGCCGCUGCAGGGCUCGACCGGACCGCUAUCAACACAAUCUACUCGCAUGUUCUUAAUCCUAUGAUUGUGUCCCGCUCUUACAUGUGUAUAGAGCCUAUCGAGCUGUGGCUGGAUACCAAGUACCUUCGUCAGGGCCUAAUCUAUCCUGUUGACCCGGACUCUGAGCCAAAUGCUUUGCUAGUGCAAGAUUCAGGGAUGGUACCUGUGAGCACGCAAAUCGCCAUUGUCAACCCCGAUACUUCUUGCCUUGCCCACGUGGGUGAGUAUGGCGAAAUCUGGGUCCAGUCUGAAGCGUGCGCAAAAUCAUUCUACGGGACGAAGCAGGAGUUUGACUUGGAGAGGUUUAGAGGUCGUGUGGUUGAUGGAGACCCUUCAGCUGUCUAUGUUCGCACUGGCGAUUUGGGAUUCUUGCAUACUGUCACGCGGCCAAUCGGUCCUGGCGGCCAACCGGUGGAGAUGCAAGUUCUGUUUAUUUUGGGAGGCAUUGGGGAGACUUUUGAAAUCAAUGGUCUCAACCAUUUCCCCGUGGACAUUGAGUCGACAAUUGAAAAAUGUCAUCGUAACGUCGUCCCUGGUGGAAGCGCCGUAUUCCAAGCUGGCAAUCUCGUGGUAGCUCUCAUUGAAGUUACCCGAAAAGCAUACUUAGCUUCUUUAGUCCCCGUGAUCCUGAAUGCAAUUCUUAAUGAGCAUCAGGUUGUGGCAGAUAUUAUUGCAUUUGUGCCACGGGGUGAUUUCCCUCGAUCCCGCCUGGGUGAGAAGCAAAGAGGCAAGAUUCUAGCUUCUUGGGUGACUCGAAAGAUGCAAACCAUUGCGCAGUUCAAUAUUCGCGACGGUGAAGGGUUCGACAGCCACCUCAUAGACCUGCCUGAACGUACCCGGACAGCCCCUAGAGUUCCCAGCACCGCCGAAACCGGAAGUCGACAUCCAACCCCGCAUCAAGAACCUGAAGUCACUGCUCCGCCACGCCAAGUAGAGUCCGCCUCCGCUGUUGAACGUCCAGUCCCAGCAGAGCCUGCUGAAUCCUUCACUCUGCCCGCAACCGCAGCUAGUCCUGAGCCCCGCGCAGCCUCGUUUCGCGAAAAUGAUGAUAACCUGAACACUGCCCGCAACUCCUACAACCCCUUGAACUACGACUUCCCUUUCGACGAUAAAUCGAAAGACUUCUUUGAUGAUUAUGAGUACGAUGAUGAUGAACCUGCUGAAAGGCCCACUCGUCUGGCCAUUGUGAACCCGGAAGAGCCCGACGACCAGGAUAAUAAUAAUAAUAAUAAUAAGUACACCAGCCUUCCUGUUGCUGGUCCAUUAGCCGCAGGAGAUGUCCAUUACCAGAAUGAUAAUAAUGGGGACGAUGAUCCACGCACAAGUUACGACCAUUUUGAUAUCGACGCCUACUUAUCAAGUGGCACUCCAGGUCAAAGCGCAGGUCAAAACCACCACCAGCACUCGCAGCAGCAUCCUCAAGGCCCCAUCCCGUCCUUGGACAUCAUCCCCCCCGAAAAUAACCAUAGCAAUCCCAACCCGCAUCCCGAUAGCAGAGAUUCACUUCCCAGCCAGCAGGCGAGAUAUAGCUAUCUCCACCAUCAACCGCAAAUGGCAGGUUCUACGCAUGGUUAUGACCUUCCUCAAAACCAGGGCCAUGGACAGCGGCAAGGCCAAAAUCAAUGUGACACCGACCAAUAUCGGCGGCAGGACUACUUGGGAAAUGAUUGGCCAGAGGAGGCGAUAUUGUAUCAGAAUCAGAGCCAGAAUCAGGAGAGGCGAUAAUUAAGUCUUGUGCAUAUCACAGUUUCUCUUCAACAUCGAUUAUGGAAAGGGUGAUAAUGAAACGCUUUUGGCCACAUUUUGCUUCUUUGGUUGUUUUUACAGGCUAUGUAUGCCGCUAUUUAUCAUUUUAAAAUGUUGUUCGGGCGUGAAACGCGUUGCCUUUUUGGAGGGAAGAAGUAUUAAUUUGAGUUUUCCCCAUGUAUAUGACCCCGUUGUUUUUGUGUUUUUUAAAUAUACUCCCCAAUAUAUCCCUGCGUUAAAGUUCCUUGACCCCAACUAUCUCUAUAUGAUGAAUUGCUGUGCUGUACAUACAUCCCAUGCGCAUCGUUCUGAGGUAGUUUGGCAUUUUCAUGCUUGUUGGCCUCUUUUUUUGCUAUUAGACUAUGAUUUUUAUUUUUAUUUUAAUUGGUGUAGGGUCGAGGGGUCUUCUUCAUCUAUGAUUCCCUAUUUAUCUAAUGACUAUAGGAUCUUGCAAGUUUUACUAUGGCUACCGGCCGGAGAAAUCUAAUCCGCGCAUGGGAUUGCAAUACAAAGCUUUUUUUCUUUCUUAUAGAUCCUCCGCGUCUAGCCGCUGGAUAUGGUCAUGCGAUCACUAGCAGGCUGGGCAUAACGAUAGGAGAGGUAGAUCGCUGUGGUGCGGGUAUAAAUUUCUAGAAGUAUCAAAAUGUUUUUGAAGUACAGAUUAUGAGUCAAAGUUCAAAAAAAAAAAGGGAGAAAAGAAUGAAUUAUUAAAAAAUUAAAUCGUAAAAAUUCGUCGACCCUUAAAUCCCGUUGGGGCCUAUUCUUAUCCAUAUCGCAUUGCAUGCUUUUAUCUCCGUGAAU